AUGGCAAACCAAACCUAUGUGGCUGAAUUCCAUUUCCUUGGCCUUUCCAGAAGUCUGAAGAUCCGUCUUUUAUUGCUUGGACUUUUUUCAAUUGUCUAUGCUCUCACUCUGAUGGGCAACACAGUCAUCUUAAUGCUCAUAUGGUUGGAUGCCCGGCUCCAUACCCCCAUGUAUUUCUUCCUGAGCCAUAUGGCUUGUGUGGACAUCUGCUAUACUUCCAGCACUGUCCCUCAGAUGCUGACCAAUCUUCAAAGCCCAGGGCAAGCCAUUUCAGUGGUUGGAUGUGCCAUGCAGAUGUAUAUCUUUCUGGCCUUGGCCACAGCAGAGUGUUUUCUCCUGGCAGUGAUGGCCUAUGAUAGAUAUGUGGCAAUAUGCCAUCCACUGCACUACACAGUCCUCAUGAACAAAAAAAUAUGCAUCUUUAUGGCCAUGACAUGCUGGACGAGUGGCUUCGUCCUCCCAGUGGUCCAUACCGUUCUCACUUGGCAGUUGCCAUUCUGUGGCCCUAACUUGAUAGAUCACUACUUUUGUGAAAUGCCAGCUUUGCUGAAGCUGGCAUGUGCUGAUAUCAGAGUUAUUGAAAAGAUUACUUCAGCGGGGUGCAUUUUCACCUUGCUUAUUCCUAUCACUUUUAAGACUUCCUUAGGAAAAGCUUCUGUUGACCUUGACAAAAGUUUGCAACUUCUGGACAAUGUUCAGUAUACUAUAAAAUCCUCAUCUGGAAAUACUCCAGCCUAG